CUUUGCCUGAACCAAUGCGCACCUGGCUUGCCUUCCGUCGCCAUGGGGAGUGGCCUGUGCAGGGAGGUGGACGAGGCAGCGCCUCCGAUGGUGCAUACCAUGCUCUAUCCAAUGUACGUGCUGAAGGUCUCCGACUUCCUGCAGAUGGCUCCUGGCUCACCACCGGCUCAUGGGGCCUUGAAGGAGAAGGGCCUGCUGAAGAUCUGGGAGCCAGGCCUGUUUGUGAUCUUCGUGUCGCACCAGUGGCUGGGCAUCUCCCACCCGGAUCCAGCUGGGCAGCACACCUCCAUGCUGCGCCAGAUUCUGCUGAGACUCAUCGCUGGCUCCACCAAGGUGGAGGCAGACGUCGUCUCUCAAAGCUACGGGCGCCCUGUGGAAUUCACUGAGAAAACCCGGCAGCAGAUCCAGGAGGGGUACCUCUUCCUGGAUUGGUUCGCCAUCCCACAGAUCACAGCCCGCCAGCAUGGCGUCAAUGAGGAGCUCACAAAGUCAGAAGCAGCGCUCGCGGUGCAAAGCAUUCCGGCCUACGUGGAGGUGGCGAAUCUCUUCGUUGCUUUGGUGGCAGAAUGUCGACACGAAGACAGAGGAUGCUACUGCAACUACACGAGCUGGUUGACACGUGGGUGGUGUAGAGCUGAACUUUGGUGUCACUUGCUGUCCAACAAGUCGGACACCAGCGUUGUCCUCGCCCACUCGACAAGAGAGGUGAGGUUCAUGUUCCCAUUGGACUGGCAGCAAAGCACUGUGGCGGAUGGUGAGUUCACCGUGGAGAGCGAUCGCUUUAUAGUGGUGAAGCUGGCAGAAGCGGCUGUGGAAGACAAGAUCCGCCAACUUGGCCAAACAGGGCCACUGCACCUCUACCGAUUUUACCGGGCGAUGCGACAGAAGAUGCUGGGGCGCACUGGGGUGAGCUGGCUCCCCAAUGGCUUCCUCAAGGACUUUGCCUUCCCUGACGUGCAAGGAGCUGUUCAAAGCAGUAGCCAAAUGAAUGGGCUGAUGUGUGCGGUGCUGGCCGGUGACGUAUUUAUGAUUCGAUGGCUGGCAGAGCGAAGGGCGGACGUGAAUUUGAGGUGUGAAGGUCUCAAUGAUCUGGGCUUUUUCACUUCGCAGCCUUUGCUGUUUGCAGCCGCAAAGUCGGUCCAGGCUCCGCGAGUUCUAGAGACUCUCAUCGAUCUUCGUGCUGAUGUGAGCCAAACUUCCGACAGUGGCGGCAGCGUCAUGCUCUAUGCACGAUGUCCUGGCCAGGUGCAGGUUCUUCUACGCGCGCGCGCAGACCCACAUUCACCCGCUGGUUCUCUAGGCAUGACGCCCCUGUCUGGCUGCAGUUCCAACUGCGAUGCCAAGACGCUCUGCGCCAUGCUAGAUGCCCGCUGUGAUCCCAACCCACCGCUCAGUGGCCUUGGAAUAUCGCCAUUGCAUUCUUGCAUUCUAUAUGGCCGCGGAAAUCGCCAUGCGCAGGACAAUCUCCUCCUGUUGCUGGAGCGCCGUGCCGAUGCCUCCGCACGGUGCACUCCAACAGGACGAUACGACUGGAUUGGCCAACCAGCCCGCAUGUACGCACGGCUGGCGGGACUCGCCACGCUGCCGCUGGUGCUGCGGCACUACGCCGUGCUGCCGGGGCUCACACCGCUGGGCUCUGCCGCCUUCACGGGGGAUGAAGCCUCGGCCUGCGUGCUGUGGCGGCACGGCGCGGAGACCGCGGGCAACGACGAUGGGCACACACUCCAGGACAUUGCGGAGUCCAAUGGAUACUUUCACUUGCUGCCCCUGCUGCAGAGUUUCAACACGUUCUACGUUUGAGCCAAGGCUUGCGAAAUUAGCAGGCCAAGAUGUCCUCUCUUCAAAGCAAGACUGGCAAUAAUGCUGGCGGCGUUGGCAGCCAGCCUGAAGUGCUUGUUUGUUGACCAGCCUCCAGAUAUGUGGAGUGGAAAGCUUGGC